GUGGAGAGGCUUUUAGACACAACAACACAGACUGAGCGGGACUUUGGAGAGGAGUGGAAAUGCGGCAGAAGGAGAGAGCACUAUAUCAGCUCUGGACUCCGAGACAGAAAAGGAUACUGAUAGAUUCUUCUCUUGGUUUUUAGACUUUUCUCUGCUUAUGUUUUUGGCCAUUAUGUAUUGGUUUGCUUCUUUCUGUCCUCCACACUGCUGAUCCUGUCUCUCCACACAGUCUCUGAUUCUCUGUCCUGAAUCUGGAGUUGUUUUUGUCUUAAUCUGUGAUUACAAUCUGAGAGUGAGCUGCUCCUUCUUUCAUGUCUCCUUGUCACCAUCAGCCACCUAUUAUACCUACUCUUGUCUCUGCACCAUCCAUUUCUUUGUGGUACUACAAUGCCAAUACUGGAGGGGCUCUGGGGUCCAGAUCUCAGGAAGCGAGACUCCGGUCUCGGCGUCAGAGUCUGCCCAGACGAGCAUCCUGGUUCACGAGUGUGGACUCCUCCUGUUACCUGUGCUGGACUUUCGCUUGCUCUGGAGCUUCCAGCUCUGAUCCGACAGCUCAGGGCAGCUUGGAGAGCCCGGUGGGAAGGCCCUCAGGGGCCGGAGAGUAGUGAAGGCAGGAAUUGGGUAGAAGAAGAAUUGGAGGAGAUUGACAAGGUUAAAGAGAUCAAGCAGGACAUAGAGAACAGCACACAUAUAGAAGCUGAUGGCAGGCUGAACGCUGUUCAUGCUGGUGUGUUACUGGCUGAGAGACGAGGUUCUUACCCGCCGAUUGAUCUGCGAAUCCUGAAAACACGUCCAGGGGAGGUCGAGUCUGGCACAAGGAGAAAGCUGAAGCGUCUGUUAAGUUUCCAGAGAUACUGCCAUGCCUCCAGGUUGCUGAGGGGAUUAAUGCCCCACACUCCCGGGUCCUUGCACUUACUGGAUGAUGACUACUUGGGACAGGCAGCUCACAUGCUCUCAAAGGUAGACACAUGGACCUUUGACAUUUUCCUUUUUGAUCGUCUUACAAAUGGUAACAGUCUGGUGACUCUGAUGUGCCAUCUCUUCAAUGCUUGUGGACUGAUACACCACUUCCAGCUGGACAUGGUCAAACUACACAGGUUUCUUGGAAUGGUGCAGGAAGAUUACCACUCCCACAAUCCAUAUCAUAAUUCUGUUCAUGCAGCUGAUGUAACUCAGGCCAUGUACUGCUACCUGAAAGAGACCAAGCUGGCAGAGCAGCUGACUCCUCUGGAUGUUCUCCUGGGUCUGAUGGCGGCAGCAGCUCAUGACGUGGAUCACCCUGGUGUCAACCAGCCUUUUCUCAUUAAAACUAGACACCACCUGGCAUCCCUCUACCAGAACACCUCUGUGCUGGAGAGCCACCACUGGAGAUCCACCGUGGGGAUGCUCCGAGAGUCGGGUCUGCUGAGCCACCUACCUGCUGACGUCUCGCAGGACAUAGAGCAGCAGCUGGGCUCUCUCAUCUUGGCCACAGACAUCAACAGGCAAAACGAAUUUCUGAUGACACUCCGAGAACAUCUUGACAACCAGGAUAUGGACCUUCAGCUGGCUACACACAGACAUUUCAUACUGCAGAUUGCUCUGAAAUGCGCUGAUGUCUGUAACCCAUGUCGGGAAUGGGAGCUGAGCAAGCAGUGGAGUGAGAGGGUGUGUGAGGAGUUCUAUAGACAGGGUGACCUGGAGAGGAAGUUUAACCUGGAGAUCAGUCCUCUGUGUGACCAGCAGAUGGACUCUGUCCCAUCUAUCCAGAUUGGUUUCAUCUCCUACAUCGUGGAGCCUCUGUUUGAGGAGUGGCAGCGCUUUACUGAGCCCAGCAUGCUCAGCCGAAUAAUGAUGGGCCACCUGCACAAGAACAAGGCUCGCUGGAGCCGCCUCAGAUACGAACCCACAACUGCAGAAACGAAAAGUUACUCGCACGCAGAGGAGCCUGAGCCUGAGCCUGAAGGAGAACACGACGGGGCAGAGGACAUCCCUUAACGUCGCUCUUGCUGCUUUUUGGGGCUUUUGAUCUCCUAGAUACAUGGAGAUUUAUCCAAAUCCGUGUUUGUUCUCCAGCACAUUUCCUCCCACAGCUGAUUGCUCUUACAGUGGGGGCACUGGAAGCCAGUGGGGCCAGGAAACGAGAAGAAUAGCUCCCCCUGCUGGAGCAGGAGAUGAAUAUAGCAUUGCCGGAGAAAAAGAAAUGGCAGGGAUUCACCGAGCAGAAUAAUCUUAGUAAAAAAAAAAAAAAAAGAGACAGCAAACAUUGACUUGGCUUUGUUUGUGACUACGUGCUCAAAUGACUCUUAAAGGUUGAUUAAAUAAAAGGUUUGGACUGAA